UUUGAUGUAAUUUGAAUCUAGUAUAUAAAGCGCGGGAUCAUCUCAAAUUUUAUAUUGUGUGUCAGGUACCUUCUUCACCAAAGAUCUUUUAGUUACAAUUAUGAUAAAGCUGUUCUUGUUAGCUGCUCUUGGAGUAGUAGCGACCUUCGCCGCUCCCCAAGUUGUUUCCUCGACAGCUGCUCCCGUAGCAGCCAACGAUUACUACAGGAACAACUACUUCGGAAACAACUACGAUCCCUACUAUAGACAGGGCAACAACUACGAUCCCUACUACAGAAACGGCAACUACAGAAACAACUACUACAGAAACCAGUACGACCCCUACAGAAGAAACAAUUACUACGAUAACGAUUACUACAGGAACAAUCACAGGAAUAACUAUUAUAAUAAUGAUUAUUACAAUAAGAACAACUAUUACAACAAUGAUUACUACAAGAACAACCAAUACAAUAAAAAUGUUUACAACACCGAAUACAGAAAGAAUUACGUUGCUGGAUCUGAAGCAAAUGCAAGAAUUUUAAGGUUUGAAAGCAACUACAACCCAGAAGGAGGUUAUGAAUAUGCAUACGAAACCGACAACGGUAUUGCUGCCCAACAACAAGGUUUCCCCAUCGCACCCCCAGACAGCCCCCCAUCAAUCGGUGUAACUGGAUUCUUCUCUUACACUUCUCCUGAAGGCCAGCAAGUAUACACCAGAUAUACUGCUGAUGAAAAUGGUUACCGUGUAGAAGACAACGGAUUACAAGGUGGUGCAGUUGUUCGUCAAGGCGUAGUACCAGUUAAUGCUGUCGUUGAAUCUUCAACUGCCGCUUCCCAGAAAUAAUAACCAUCCAUUGUACAUUUAUCUUUUUUUUAUUAUUAUAUAAUAAAUUACAAAAUAAUUAAAAAUUGUUCUUUUAAUCAA